CAUCUGCAUGUGGAAACUAACCCUUCAAAGCGAACAAUAUUCAACAAUAAGCAUCAAAAUCUGUGUAGCGCAUGAGCUAAUUUAACCAUGGAUCCAAGAAUUUCCUUCUCCAAUGAUUUUGUUGUUAGCCAACAAGCAAUCAAACAUGAAAACAUAUACAGAGAAGCUCCUGUCUCUUCGGAUUUCGAAUUCUCUGUCAAAAACUAUUCUAUGAUAUCAGCAGAUCAAGCCUUUUUUAAGGGCAUGUUGUUACCUCUCAGUAGUGAAGGUUCCAAGAAGGUGACUAUAAGAGAUGAACUACUUAAUGAUGAUGAUUCACCAAAAUGGCCAAAGAGUUUAAGCAGGUGGAAAGAGCGAUUAGGCCUAAAGAGAUCAAGUGCAUCUAAGAAAGACAAGGAGAAACAAAAAAUGCAGAAGUCUGCUGCUAACCAAACAGUGCCUAGUUUUGGACAAGGAGAAACAACUGUUAACAAAGAAAGUAUGUUAUCACAGGAAUUGUGCUAUGAAGGAGGUCUAAGUUGCAGAAGUAAGUGAGCUCUCCACAGGAACAGCAGCAUUCUUUGUGUAGGAGUGGUGGUAUUCUCUACUAAUAUCUUAAGGCAUUAAGUGUUAGAAUUUUUGUUGACUUCCUUUUGAGCAAAGUUAAAUUUAACCUAUGUAGUAGAAAGAAAGUGCCUCAAGCAUUAUUAUCUUUGUACAAAAAUUUGUAGUUAAUGACUCGAUGGUCUUCCAUGAGUGUGACCUAUAGCUUGUUAAUUGUUCCUGUAGGUUGUCAAGUAUCUUCACUUUGUACUUCUAAGCAAGUUAAUUAUCUUA